UUGGCGUACACGGAGAAGAUUGCACCACACAUCAAAUCAUCAAAUAUAUAUAUAGAGAGAAAAACCAAACAGCAUCAAUAUGCCCAAUCUCAGACCGUUUCGUACAUUUGCUCUCUUUUUAGGCCUAUUGCUAUUAAGCGAUCUGGCCUAUAUAGCAGCUCAAAGAAGUACGGGUGGUCGCAAUGUUUUACGUCGCAAUUAUACGGGCAAAAAACCAGUUGUCAUACAACAUCGUACCCAGGAUGCCGUUAACUAUUACGAUCAUGAGAAUGGUGCCAAAAUUAUAAAAUCAUCGCAUUUUGAAUUGGAUUAUACAUUGGGACGUAAAAUCACAUUCUUCUGCAUGGCUCAGGGUAAUCCACGUCCAACGAUAACUUGGUUUAAAGACGGUGCCGAAUUGUAUCAACAUAGAUUCUUUCAGGUACAUGAAUCGCAUAUAGAAACGGAUAUUAUUAAAUCGAAAAUGGAAAUUGAUCCUACAACACAAAUGGAUGCGGGUUAUUAUGAAUGUCAAGCGGAUAAUAUAUAUGCCAUUGAUCGUCGUGGUUUUCGCACGGACUAUGUAAUGGUUAAUUUUUAGUUACAUUUAGAAUUUAGAAACCACAAACAAAAUAUAAUCAUAUAAGUAUUUACAACAA